AUGCGCCCGACGUCCAGACUCCUUCAGUCCUGUCGGAUUACCUUCUUCAGCCGCCAGGGUUGCGGUCUAUGCACACAAGCUAGAUCUGUUCUUUCCGAUGUCUGGGACAAACGGCCGUUUGCCUUUAAAGAGGUUGAUAUUGUCAAGCCGGAGUCCCAGGGUUGGCGGGAUUUGUAUGACUUUGAUGUCCCGGUGAUUCACAUCGCCAAGGCUAGUUCGCCGGAUGAAAUCCCAAGUCUGUCCUCCAAGGCCGUCAAGUUGAUGCACCGCUUCACCGUCGAGGAAGUCAUGGCAAAGAUGGACUCGGUCGAGAAAUGA